AUGAAUAACGUGAAAAGAAUAAAGCUGAAUUACAAGAUGGCUAAGCAAAUUUGUACACAUUCCGGAUCUUUCCAUGCAGAUGAGUCGUUGGCUGUAUACAUGCUAAGAUUGCUUCCCGAAUUUAAAGAUGCCAAGUUAGUCAGGUCGAGAAACCCUAAGGACUGGGAGGCUAGUGAUAUAUUGGUGGACGUCGGUGCCCAGUAUGAUGGCGUGAAAUUUUUUGACCACCACCAGCGUGGUUUUUUUGAAACUUUCAACGAGAAAUACAAGACCAAACUUUCGAGUGCUGGCCUAAUCUUCAAACACUAUGGUCGUGACAUUAUCAAGACCAUAUUGAAGGACAAAGUUACCAGCUCCGAUCUUGAUAUAUUGUAUGACAAAGUGUACAAACAGUUUGUCGAGGCGCUGGAUGCAAACGACAAUGGUAUUAGCAAGUACACCAUUCCUAAGGAUUGCGAUCUGGAACCCAACUUUAGGGACAAUGCCAUCAGCAUCCCUGGGAUCGUUUCGGGCAUGAAUCCAAACUGGAAUGAAGACAGCUCAGAUGAGUCUUUCGACAAAUGCUUUGCUCGCGCAAGCAAGUUUAUCGGCGAGGUCUUUGUCACUUUGGUGAAAGGCUACGGUGAAUCGUGGCUGCCAGCCAAGGCCCUUGUGGCACAAGCGAUUGAUGAAAGAAUGAAUGUUGACAAGAGCGGCAAAAUCAUUGUCUUGCCUCAGUUCUGUCCCUGGAAGGAACACCUAUACGAGCUUGAAAGAGAGAAAAAUAUCGAGAAACAAAUCGAGUUUGUUCUCUUCACAGACUCCUCUGGUGCCUGGAGGGUCUCUACUGUGCCUGUCAACUCUACUUCUUUUCAAUUCAGAAGAGGUUUGCCAGAACCAUUAAGAGGCCUCAGAGACGACGAGUUGAGUACCAAGAGUGGCGUCCCAGGAUGCAUCUUCAUCCACGCAGCAGGAUUCAUCGGUGGUGCCAAGACGAAAGAGGCUGUUUACGAGCUAGCCAAGAUGUCUUUAGUCUAG